AUGAUCAUACUUCAUCUAUAUUGCUUGCUCUGCGCGGUCUCAGCAACGUUGGCUGCUUUCCCGUAUGGCUGGUACUACCUCACCGUCGAGCUCAAAGCCAAGGCUUCACCAGCAAUCCUCGAUCGCGAUGUCGCCUAUACGAGCAGCUGGACGAUCGAAGCCGGCUUCAACGAAGCUGAAGAUGUGCAAAUCAGUUGGACUAAUCGAGGUCCUCCGCUCGAAGUGAUCUCGUUUCCGACGGUGGUAGAUGAGGAUACAGGACUUAAAAUGGCUAUGCUGCAGCUUCGCAAGAUCAGUCUACCCCGUCGACAAUACGCAGGUCAAUGGAAUCUCUUCUACGAGUGUUGCCACUUUGUCUGGAUUCAAGAUUGGUUUCUCUUCAUGGAGGCUGCCAAGACAUCAGAGGGAAAUACCGUGGUCGAAUUGGUAUGCACCGGCGAGGAGAAGCCAGCAUAUUGCGCGGCGCAUUUCGAUCCCAUACCAAUGCAAUGCCCCGAUCCGGACACGAGGGUCGUGAAUUCUCAGCAUGUCUGGUAA